UACUUCCCACUUGAUAUCUCACGCCGCGAAAUUCGCCUCUUGGUUGUCCAGCCUGCUGUAGCCGAACUCAGAGACAGCCCGUUGGAGGAACAACUAUCGGGGAGUGGUCAGGGAGAUUCUCUCAAAUAUAUGGCGCUCUCUUAUACAUGGGGUGAUCCUGAACCAACAUUUUCCAUUCUUCUCGAGGGCAUGGACUUCAGAAUCCGAGAGAAUUUGUACGAAGCCUUGUUACACUUUCGGCCCACCAGAGGAAAACUGGUCAUUUGGAUUGAUGCAGUAUGCAUCAAUCAAGAAGACGAGCAAGAACGCGAAUCGCAAGUCGCCAUGAUGCGUGAUAUCUACAAAGAAGCCGAAGGGGUUUGGGCGUGGCUUGGGCCAGGAGAUGCAUCGAGAUCCCGAGCCGCAUUCGCGUUCCUUUCAGACCUAGCACACCGGGAGUACAGCGAUGUAAGAGGGGGUUACCCUAAUGUCCUCGAAUCACCUUGGUUUUCGCGUAUGUGGAUCAUACAGGAAGUCGUGAUGGGUAAA